GUACGAGGGGUCAACCCAUGCGUCUCAUGGUUACUUGGUCCUAAUCCUAAGUUUAUGCCUGUCUGCGAUCGACAUUACACGCUUUUUCGCCCGUCUAUAUGCGUUCCUGAAGAGCAGAAGCAAGUUUGCCUUGAAGCCAUUCUGGCGAAAUGUCGUUUUGGGACGUGAUGAAGUUCAAGAUGUCACAGCCAGGUAUACUGGCUUGGACAUGGAGGAAGUUUCGGAAUUUGAAGUAACCGAAAUGAAGCCGCCGGGGCUGGCUGAGACUAGGGAACCACUUCAUGGGCGACGGAAUCAACUCAUUGUACCUAUCCAGACCCAAGAUUUGAAUGAUGCUACUGACGAUGAAACAGCACCAUGGGUCAACGAUCCUCGAAUUAGUCAGGGUGCCCACCGUUAUACGCAAUCGAUCUCGUCGGAGAGGACCGUGUUUGGAAUCGAUUCCCCGCAGGUUUCCAGGUCUGACGAUACCCUGCAUGAUUUCAAGUUUCCCGGUCUUAUUGAGCCGCAAGCUCCUCUCAUCCGACGCAUUUCUCAAGGAGCGUUUGCUACACUGGAGAGAGCAUUGGUCUUUGCAGCUUUUGGUAUGACGCUGUCAGGAAUUGUCGUGUACACUGGUGGCUGUCGCGAAAGCUACAUAAACGGCUGUCUUGCGCAUCUAAUCAGUAUGCAAGCCUCUGACUACGGGGAGCCAUUGUCACUUACUAGUUUUGCAGAGGGUGGCAUUUUCUGGUGUUAUGGCUUGGUCACCUUCGCCCGUUUCCUCGGAUCAUUCUCUGAGCUGGGGUGGGCCUGGAAUACCUCACCGACCGGCGAACAUAUCUCUGCUGAAUUCGUGGAGUCGCUGUUAAUUUUCCUCUACGGCAUCACUAACACUUGGAUGGAACGCUUUGGCGCUCACUCUGGUGACCCUUACACUACCAAACAAGUACAGCAUAUAAGCAUCGCUGUUAUGUUUUGGUUCGCCGGACUCGUUGGGAUGGGAAUAGAAUCCAAGCGUGCUCGCCGCUGGCUCGCAGCGUCUGCUGUAGCCUCUCUUGGUCCAGCUGAUGAUUCCCGCAUCUGGGAGUCCCCAAGCUACCGUGGUAGCUUCAACCCUUUCCCUGCCCUCGUCAUUGGUGUCACCGGUGCUGCAAUGAGCGCUCACGCGCAGACCUAUCUUUUCCAGGUCCAGAUCCACGAACUAUGGGGACGGCUCCUUUUGGGAUUCUCGGUUCUAAGGUGCUUUACCUACUUUUUUGUCUGGGUUGGUCCGCCCCGCUCUAUUCUUCCCUCUCGGCCGCCGACAGAAGCUCUUGGAGGCUUCUUCCUCGCAUGCGGUGGUUUGAUGUUUAUAUUCAGUACUGAGGAAGUAACCAUUGCUGCUAUGCGGAAAGGACGUGAUGAUAUGAUGAUGUUCCUCAACGUCGCCGUUGCUAUCACAUGCUUCGCGUUCUGCUGGACCUUGUGCAUCGUUGCGAUGAAAGGAUGGCUCAAAUCUCGCAGCAGUCCUCGCUUCCCGUUCCCAGCUCCAUGAUUUCAAGUCGCUGUCAGUGAAAUUUAGACGUAAACGCUAUCACGCACGAGUGUUUUCAAUUCUCCUUUCCUUGGUGCCUCGUUUCAAUCGAUGUUCAUAUUCGCUCACAUCUACAUUACUUCUGUUCCUGCUAUAUUCAUGGUUCUUACAAGAUAAUCACUAUUUCCAUUCCCAUACGUGCUUUCACGCCUCUUAUGACGCUCUUGUAGUACGACGAAAUGUCAACGUCUGUCUUGAUUACUCGCUGAGUGACAACUACAUCCUUCA